GGUGUACACAAAAAUGAAACCCGUCCGCACGCACAGCUUUCAAAUACCUAAUAUCGAGGAAAUUUUCAGCGUGCUAUUAUCCUGCGCCCUAAUAAUUAAAAUAACAUAAAAAAUAUUAAGAGAAAGUGUAAAAAGAGAUUUUGCAAACACGUGGAUAAUUUCUUUACAAAAUAAAAAAUUGUAAAUAUUAAGUUUUUCUUUGGAUAUUAAGUUUGCAUACAAAAUGUCACGUAAUAAGUGGACGUCAUUGGAAAAGCCACCAUUAUCUAUGCUCGCAUUAGACGUUGUUGAAAGUAUAGGUUUUGAAUUAAUGACACCUGUUCAGGCUGCUGCUAUACCGUUACUUUUGUCAAGCAAAGAUGUUUUUGCGGAGGCUGUAACUGGCUCAGGAAAAACAUUAGCCUUUUUAGUACCUUUAUUGGAAAUGUUAAGUCGCAGGCCUAAUAAAUCGCCGUGGACCCCUAAAGAAAUUGGCGCUAUUAUUAUCUCACCCAAAAGAAAAUUGACUUUACAAAUCUCGGAGGUAUUGCAAGUCUUUUUGACCCACGGACAGUUAAAGCAUUUACGUCAAAAACUUAUAGUAGGUGGAGGCAGCAUAGAAGAGGAUAUAAAAUCUGUACAGAACAAGGGGCCAACCAUAUCAACCAAUCAGAGUCUUUACUAUAAAGAUUUAAAUUGGUGCGUCUGCUCAACUAUGUAGUGUUUGUGGUAACCAAUCUUCCUCGUACAAAUGAAGACACCGCCGACAAAUUUGUAAAAGAAUUCAAAAAUGAUUCAAAUCGGUCACACGACAAAUCUACAAAGCCCAAUUUUUGCCUUUGUUCUAAACGUACAAAAAAUCGGUCGCGCCCACCUAAUAAAAUAAAAUGUGAAA